AUGGCUGGGGGCAAGAUUACGGGGUAUUUGGACUGCGUCUCACCAUACUCGUACUUUGCUCUCUUAUCUCUUGACAAGAACCGGGCGCUGCUUGAACGGCAUGGUGUGGAGAUUGACAUAAUUCCCGUCUUCCUGGGGAAUAAGCCGCCGUGGACCCUACCUGCAAAGGGGGCCUACAGCAGCUACGACAGCGCGCGGGCGAAGCGCUACUUUGGCGUACCCAAUGUCCAAACCCCUUCUUUCUUCCCAAUCCUAUCAUUGCUGCCUCAGCGCGCACUAGGCUACAUCAAAGAAGCGCAUCCAGACAAGUUCAUCAGUGUCUUCUUGAGCAUUUAUGCGGCCAUGUGGCAGGACGGGCAAGACGUUAGUAAACCCGAGCUUCUCUUCCAAAUCCUCCACCAGCACUUCAGCGAUGCAGAGGUGGACAGGAUCAUGAAAAGUGCAAAGACUGCGCCAUACAAGCAACUCCUAAACGACAAGACCAAAGAAGCCCUCGACCGCGGAGCCUUUGGCUGUCCAUGGUUCAUCGUGCGCAACGCAAAAGGAGAAGAGGAGCCUUUCUUUGGUAGUGACAGACGGCCCAUCCCGCUGUCAACCUGGUCCCGAUGCAUGGAGAUUGACUGCCGUCGCGGAGGUGGGCCGGGCCAUGUUGAGUUGACACCCCCACGCGAACUAUGA